AUGGAAAGCAAAGGUAACAGUAACAGUAAGAAAGAAGUAGAAGAGUACAGUAUUAAGAAGGCAGAUGAAAUUUCAGCUGAUGAAGAUGAGGAUAGUAUCUUGAUCGGGAGGACAAUUGCAUGCCAUGCUUUAUACCCCAUUUUGGUUGAGUCUCACUUAAACUGCUUAAAGCUGUGUUUAGGUGACAACGAAGAUAUUGAUCAUUCGGUGGCAGCUGAUAUCAAACUGAACUCAUCUGUGGCUAACCAACCUGAUUUGGACCAGUUUAUGGAAGCAUACUGCAUGACCCUGAACAUGCUAAAAGAAGCAAUUGAAGAACCGCAACAAGAAUCCAUGGCAUUCAUAAAAAAUAUGCAUUCUCAACUCAAAGAACUAAUGGAAAACCCUUCAUCCACCGCUUUAUCUCCGAGCCAGGGUAAGCUGACUUGA